AUGUUUGCAUGGCGUACGUAUUUGUGGAGGUAUAGUGAAACACAAUCACGAUUAUGGUUUGGUAAAAUCUCUAAAUAUUUACGAGAUAAUGAGGAUGAGGGUUACACGAAGACGAUGAAGUAUACUCUUCUAGGUUUUCAAUUUCCGUUUAAGGAUAAUAACAUCCCACGUGAUUUUGAACCAACGCCUGUUGAGAUCAAUUUGCCAUUCUUUGUGCGUUAUGUUAAUUGGAUUCUAGACAAAGUGCAAUCGCCACCGCAACAACACAGUCCUCCUAAGGAGCGUUCUCCAUCACCGCAACUAAUGAGUCCUCCUAUGCAGCGUUCUCCAUCACCUUGGAAUCAGUUUCAGGGAGCAGAUUACACCUCAGCCUCUCAUUUUCAGGAAACAUCCCACGGACCUGUAGAAAACAGUAAAAUAGACAAGUUAUUUUGUGUUGUUAAUGAAUUGAAAACCACAAUCGAGCACUUUGGGAAGAGAAUGGAUAAUUGGGAAAAAGAUAAACAAUUUGGUGUGAACGAUAUGGAAAAUGUGGAUGUGAGGGAAGCAUUUUUUGGUGGUUUGGGUCCCGAGUCAGGCCAUACGUAUGUGCAUACGCCACCUCCUGUUGUUGAUGUUGAGGAUAACACAGCUACACCAAUUAAAGGGUGGAUAAAAAUGAAAUCGAAAUUUUGUAGGGAUCCUUACACACAAGUUCCUUCGAUGACGGAACCAUUGAAGAACAGAAAAGGGAAAAAACACAGAAGGAAAAUAAUGUUGCAAAAAGACAAUUACUAUGCAGAUUGUGAUGAUGAAUUUUGGAAAUUGUGGGGAAAAAAGAUGGGGGUGGUAUUUGUGGAGCAUAGACUUUUAAGAGGUAUUGACAUGAAUUGGGAAUUUUGGUCUACUUUACUUGGUAUUGGCUCUGGAUGGUUUCUCUCUGAGGAAAUAAGUUCAUCGAAUUGUAGGUGGACGAUUAUUAAUCCUGAAGGCACGACUUUGGAACCUGGGAAACAACAUUAUUUGAGGCGUAUAUCAGCCGGGAUGGUUGAUGGACCACAUUGGAAGGAUAUUGAUCGGGUUUUAAUUCCAAUCAACAUACCGCAACUGCAUUGGUAUUUGGUUGAUUUGGAUCUCCUGACAUGGAAAGUGACCAUAUAUGAUUCAGCUGAAUGGCGUGGUUUCUUCAAAAAAAUUCAGAUGACGGUAGUUUCAAAUUGUUGGGAGAUAGUAUAUUAA